AUGUGCAGCGUAGAGGCUAUUCAUGAAGGAAUGCUGCGCAGAUCUCCUCUAUGUCCUGUGGUCAUUUACACGUCCCCUAUGAUAAACCAUGCUGCUUAUGAGGCUCAGAAAGCUGCUCCCUACUGUGUCACUGGCUCUACCCAGGCACGGAGCGCUCAUCCGCCGCAGCAGCAUGGCCUCAGACCCGGCGGCCACGGAGACCACCACCACCACCACCACCACCACCACCCGGUUCGACCUUCUGGUGAUCGGCGGCGGGUCCGGUGGUCUGGCCGGUGCUCGGAGGGCGUCGGAGCUCGGAGCGGCCACCGCGGUGAUCGAGAGCCACAAACUCGGAGGUACCUGCGUCAAUGUUGGCUGUGUCCCGAAGAAGGUUAUGUGGAAUGCAGCAGUUCAUGCUGAGUAUCUCCACGAUCACAGCGAUUACGGCUUUGACGUUGGAAAUGUUCGUUUCAGUUGGGAAGCUCUCAAGGCCAAAAGGGACGCUUAUGUCAGUCACCUAAACCGCAUUUAUCGCAACAACCUUGACAAAGCUAAAGUCCAAACUAUUCUAGGCCAUGCCAGGUUUACAAAUGAUCCUGAGCCGACUGUGGAGGUCAAUGGAAGAAAAUAUACAGCGCCUCACAUCCUCAUCACCACCGGAGGGCAGCCUACCGUUUUGACUGAUAAUGACGUUCCAGGGGGAAGUCUGGGCAUAACCAGUGAUGGCUUUUUUGAUCUUGAAACUCUGCCAAAGCGCACUGUGAUUGUGGGUGCAGGAUAUAUUGCAGUGGAGAUGGCGGGCAUCCUGUCCACCCUCGGGUCCAAAACAUCCCUCAUUAUUCGACAGACGGGAGUUUUGAGGAACUUCGACAGCUUCAUAAGCACAAACUGCACCAAAGAGCUGCAAAACUCUGGUGUGGAUCUGUGGAAGAACUCUCAGGUGAAGUCUGUGUGUAAAACGGAAAGAGGACUGGAGGUGACGCUCGUCACCAAAGACCCAGAGAAGAAGAACGACGAGGAGAAGAUCAGCACCAUAGAGGAAGUGGACUGCCUUCUCUGGGCCAUCGGCAGGCAGCCCAACACUUCUGGACUGAACAUCGGCGCCAUGGGUGUGGAUACGGAUGAGAGAGGACAUAUUGUUGUGGAUGAGUUUCAGAACACCAGCAGACCGGGGAUCUACGCUGUCGGGGACGUUUGUGGCAAAGCUCUUCUCACACCUGUUGCCAUAGCUGCAGGCAGAAAGCUGGCACACAGACUGUUUGAGGGCAAGAAGGACUCCAAGUUGGACUACUCCACUAUCCCCACCGUGGUGUUCAGCCACCCCCCCAUCGGGACGGUGGGCCUCACAGAAGAGGAGGCCAUUAAAUCUAGAGGAAAGGAGAACGUGAAGAUCUACAAGACGUCUUUCACUCCGAUGUAUCACGCCAUCACGAGCCGGAAGAGUCAGUGCAUCAUGAAGCUGGUGUGUGAAGGCAAAGAGGAGAAGGUGGUGGGUCUGCACAUGCAGGGUCUGGGCUGUGACGAGAUGCUGCAAGGCUUCGCCGUGGCCAUCAAAAUGGGUGCUACCAAAGCAGACUUCGACAAGACUAUCGCCAUCCACCCCACCUCGUCCGAGGAGUUUGUCACAAUGCGUUAAUCCCGAUACGACCAGCAACCCAGACAAGCACACCAGGACAGAGUCGCUCAUCAACUUGACUACUUGCUUUCUAAAACGACAUACUUACAUUUUCUUUCAUUUAAGUUAUAUUACUCGUGCGCAGUGUUUCAUCUUUUUUAAACUUCUUCCUAAAUGGACCAAGACCGAGUUAUGGCUUCCUAAAACUGUACUGUGGGUCUUGAUUAUUGAUUGAUUAUUCUGGGUUCCAUUUUUAAUGAUUGUGAAAUGAAUGAAUGGAUCUGCAGGUAUUGUUGUCAAGUGAUUGCAUGGGUAAUCAAAAAAAGACCUUUCCUAGUGUAUGUGUUUGAUUUGUUAGUCAAUUGUCAGAUGAAUAUUACAAACACUGCUAGGCACAUAUUUACUUCUUAUGCAAGGCCAUAACAUAUCUACUGUACUGUUCUAAAGUUUCAAUAAACACACAGGUUUUUUUCUUAA